AUGAACGUGGUAUCUGAUUCUAAUCAUCAUGGAACUGAAAAAAAACAAAAUUGCAAGAGUACAGGUCAAACCAGAAUCUCAAGUAAUGGUGGUAAAAAAUCAUCAACACGAAAUAGUCCAACAAAUACUCAUAUCCAACUCAAUCAAAAUCCAUCUGAUUCCAUACCAGUCAAAGUUAUGUCACCAAACGUCAAUCCUGGUGAUACUGGAGAUGGUAAAAAAUCAUCAACACGAAGGAGUCCAACUAAUACUCACAUCCAACUCAAUCAAAAUCCAUCUGAUUCCAUACCAGUCAACGUUAUUUCAUCAAACGUCAAUCCUGGUGAUACUGGAGAUGGUAACAAAUCAUCAACACGAAAUAGUCCAACUAAUACUCACAUCCAACUCAAUCAAAAUCCAUCUGAUUCCAUAUCAGUCAACGUUAUUUCAUCAAACGUCAAUCCUGGUGAUACUGGAGAUGGUAACAAAUCAUCAACACGAAAUAGUCCAACUGAUACUAAUAUCCAACUUAAUCAAAAUCUAUCUGAUUCCAUACCAGUCAAAGUUAUGUCACCAAACGUCAAUCCUGGUGAUACUGGAGAUGGUAAAAAAUCAUCAACACGAAAUAGUCCAACUGAUACUAAUAUCCAACUUAAUCAAAAUCUAUCUGAUUCCAUACCAGUCAAAGUUAUGUCACCAAACGUCAAUCCUGGUGAUACUGGAGAUGGUAAAAAAUCAUCAACACGAAAUAGUCCAACUAAUACUCACAUCCAACUCAAUCAAAAUCCAUCUGAUUCCAUACCAGUCAAAGUUAUGUCACCAAACGUCAAUCCUGGUGAUACUGGAGAUGGUGCAAUUUUAAGCACUACAAAUCAAAAACCAAUGGAACAAAUACACCAUCGACAAUCUGGUCAACCUAAUCAUCCGGAUCAAACUUUCAAUAUCAGCUCGGCUUAUUUAUCAAGUGAACAACCAAGACCACCAGUGUCUCACCAACCUCUCCAGAACACCAAUUUCAAUUCACAAAAUCAGCCCUAUCAACAUGAAACUUAUCAUCCUACAUCACCAAAUCAACAACUGUUUAAUCCCAAUAUUUAUACAGAACUUCUUCCUCCUCAACAAUCUAGACCAUUUGAUCAAUCAUUACACUAUUUUAAUAUUCAUUCAGAAUACCGACCUUUUGAACAACCUGGCCCACUUGAACAAUCAUUGCAUAAUCCCGACUUUCAUUCAGAAUAUUCACCUUCUCAACAUUUUUAA